AUCAUUUAGUUUUUGUCUUUUGGAUAUAUCGUUAGAAACUUUGCGCGUUGUUUUUUACGCCCAUCUUCAUGCGGUUAUCCUUCUGAAUCGUGAUUAAAGAAAAGCCUUGCGCAGCUUUCAGUGUACAAACACGUUACGUUUUGUUUUAUUUUUUUGUUUACCAUGAAAAGUGACGCUUACGUUUUGGUAACGGGACUGAUGAUUGCUGCCCUCGCCAGUCUGCCGGAAGUCCAGUCUCAAGAUUGCGUUUUCAUUUCUGAGAUGCAGGUCAUAAUACCGUCGGGAGAGACGGAGAGUGUGACAAUCGAUGAAACUGAACAAAAAGACAAAGUUAUUUUGAGUCUAACAACUUCUUCUGGAAACGUUAGUUGCUUGGAUGAAGGAACUCCUUUCUCUAAAUAUAUUGAAUAUUUGCACACUGCAAAUACCAAUUUGAAAUUCUCCAUAAAAAAGGAAAUUGGUGACGACCUUGACGACGGCAACGUAAAUAAGGAAGGGGUAUUGCUAGGACGGUGUACACUGUCCUGUCCCCAAGUAACCGUCCCCACCUUAUUAUUUAUCGCUGUCACCAUUACUCCUGUAAAUACCCAAUCGCCAAAGUUCAAUGCCAGUUCAGUAGAAUUGACUUUGGACGAAAAUUUUCCUAAAGGGUUAGACUUUAGUUAUCUAAUUGUUGAAGCCCUUGGUGGACCGCUUACCGUCUCUGACAAAGAUCUCCCUUCUCAAAAUCUUAAAUUUGGUGUCAGCGAUGAGCGAUUCAAAGUAUUGGAGAACGAGACGAAACGCACAGAGUACAAUGAUACGCAAGGCUAUCUACGAUUCACGUAUGAGCCUCGCAUUGCUGUCAAGUCACAGUUAAAUUCGUCUGAAAGUCCAAUUACAUUCAACUUAAUUGCAACGGACACAGGGAAUCCUUCAAAGGAAAGUCUAUUCCCCAUUACAGUGAAUAUAGUUCCUCAAGAUGUCCGUGAUCCCGAGUUUGAAAAGCCCUAUUAUACGUCCGCCAUCCCGGAUUCUUCAUUCACAGGAAUUCUUCCGGUAAAACCUAAUAUUCUCGCUAGAGACGGAGAUACAAUAAUCGACAUCCAACUACGUUAUGAAAUUGUCGAUAAAGGUGGGCUCAACGUUAAACUAAAAAACACGCAACCCGAUAAAGGAGUUCCCAUAGAAAUUGAAUUAACUACAGCAGUGGAAGGAACACCAACCGACAAAAUGCGAUACAUCGUGAUUAAAGCAAUACAAACCGAUGAUGACAGUCGGUCCGAAACGGUCGCCCUUGCCGUCGAACUUCCACAAGCCGUGGUAACUACGACUACGAUAACGUCAACGUUGGCAACUUGCCCACCACCAACUUGCCCGACGUCUACCACACCAAGUGAGACUACGACUACACCAUCGUGUACAACUCCGAUUACUACUCCUACCACCCAACAAACUUGUGCAUCCUGUCCGCCGUGCACCACAGUAUCUACCGACAUCUCAACAUCCUGCCCGACAUUCGAUCCGACUACUGACUGUCCAACAGGUAGCCCAACCAGCGACACAGUUUCCCCAUUGACGACCGAUCUUGUACAGACUACUACCGUAAAUCCAACCUCAACAUCUCCAAACAGUCCCACAACCAAUAACCCUAAUGUUUCCACAACCACUAUAUGCAUGACUACUUAUUCAACUACCGAAACAGGUACUAGCAGUAGUAGCAAUUGUCCGGCUUGUCCGGUAACAACCGAGUCGGUAACAACCUGUCCGACAGAGUGCCCAACCUGUCCGUCAGAGUGCCCAACUACUCCAGAGUGUUUAACCACUCAGACAGAGUGUCCAACCUAUCCAACAGUUCCGACAACGUGUCCAACGAUUGCGUGUCCAACAGAAAAUACCCCCGUUACAUCUUCACCUACUACACCAAGCCCACCGACCAGUACAGAUUCAACUUCAUGCCCAAUUGUAACUUGCCCAGCACCCAAUACUACGACUAGUCCUUUGAUAUGCGACUGUACAACAACCCCUGUUGCAGCGACGUGCCCCACUACAACCGCACCGCCAGCGGAUUCUACGGUCCACUUCGAAAAACAACAAUAUGCGUCUGAAAUCUUAGAAAAUUCUCCGGUGAACACCUUUAUUGUCGAGCUAAGUGCCACGACCACCACGUCCAAUGAAAAACCGGAAUACAGUUUGGAAAAAGGUUACGACGCAAAAUAUUUUCAAGUUGAUCCCAAAACGGGAAUUGUCACGACCGCCCAAUCUCUUCCAGUCGGCGAUUACCUUGUGGACGCCAUCGCUCAAAUUCCUAGCGGUGACAAGGAUCGUGCUCGGAUCGUCAUCUCGGUGGUUGCGGGGAUCUCGUGCAAUGGGACCCAGUUCGGCUCGCCUCUCUACGACUUCCCGGUUGCGGAACGCACGACAGGAAUAGUCGGUCACGUUGAUUUGCGAUCGACCGAUACCAAUACUGACGACUACACCCUGUCUAUCAGUUCGUGCAGCCCCCCGUCCAUGACAGAUUCUUUCGACGUCAACCAAAAUGGAGACGUAGUUGUUGUGAGUCCGUUCAAUUGGACAAACGACAGGACGCGCAUCGUUCUGACAAUAUCGGCCGAAAAUCUAGUCAAUGCUAGGAUGACCCCCAUUUCGACUAUCGUCAACAUCGACGUGUUGGAUAUCAACGAAGCGCCGCAAUUCACCAGUUACGGUUCUUCUCUCCUGAUUGGCUAUCCGGACCGGACCUAUUUCGAUCCUUCUGUCCAAAUGCCACUCAUCACAGUCAAAGCGUACGAUGGUGACCAAGUAGAAAAUGCCACUCUGACUUAUCACGUCAUGAACGAAUUCGAAGUCUUCGACAUGGAUUUGCUGGCAGGUUCUCUGUUUGUCAAAGGCGUCGAUACUUUAAAUUGGGAAACGAGCCGCACCGUUCAAAUCGCCGCCAGGGAUAAACACGGUCUGCAGGGGACUCUCAACAUAACUGUCAAACCGUUGAGCGAUAAUUUCAUCACGCUAAUGAAUGCCAAAAGUCAAUCAGAUUCCCUGACAGAUGAGACGGUGGCCACUGAUAUGAGCCGCAUUCUCGGGUGUCAGGUAGUCGUGUUACGUAUGGAAAAGAGUCCCGCACUUUCUGCUCGUGUCACGCCAUCAGCACUCGAAGGUUACAACUACAAAAUAACUCUUUACGCCCUUAAUAAAACGACAUUUAUCACGAGAGACGAAUUCACUCAAAAAUUCAAUCAAGCAAAUGUUGCGGGAUUAAACUGGACCGUGGACGAGAAUUUAGGUCUUUCUGCCCCGCAAGAAUACCAAGUCGAAUCGAAGAUCGACACCUUGUCUCAAGAAGUGCAAAGUUACACGAUCGCCACCGCCGUCUUGGGCGCAUUGCUCGGCUUGGCCCUGGUUGCCGUCGUCGUCUACUUGGUUUACGUCAAGAAAUUCAAGGCGGAACGUCCUUGGAGCAAAGCUGUCGGAGCCGCAUCAUUGGACGUAGACAAGAAACACUGGGACCAGCGAUCGUUUGCUCGAUCGAGCGUUCAAGAUGAUGAAGCAUCCGAAGGGCAGGUCGAUAUCUACAACAGGGAAUUUUAUGGGGAAACCUUCAAAGCUUCAUCGACACCCGUCAUUCGCUUCAGUAUAGAAAAACCUGUUGUUGAUAAAACUGUGCAACCGACUCAGACAAAGACUGUCGAAGAGGAAGCGUACUGUCCACCGACCCCACUGCCGAAGAAAAGCAUUUUAAAAGAUCCGAACAGCACCACGGAUAAGAGCAGCAAACAGAAAACGAAUGUCGAGAGCAAGUUAGAGGACACUGCUGGCGUCAAGUUCAGUCCGACUCCGGAAGUGAUUCAAGUGGCGGCAACAGCGUCUGAAAUCCAAGAGGUUGACCUCGAUAAGAGCAACAAAGACGACGACGACGACGAGUUCUUGAUUGAAGAGUUCUAAUUUUUCUAUUGAAAAGAAAAACAUGACACACAAUUUUUUUUAUUUUAUCUAUCUACUACCUUUUCUACGUAUGUAUAAUACGUCUGUGUUGGUUUAUUUUUAUUUUUUUAUUUUCUUUUCGCCUUGGACCUUGGCCGAUUCCGUCGACGGAAGAGGCCACGAAUAACGCACCGACCCAACACUAUUUUGACUUUGAAUUUAACCACACGCUGCCUUAUACGGGGGCCCAACUGUAAUAUUUACUCUAUUAUAUAGACAAGACACUUAGAGUGUAUAGAACUUUG